AUGACCAGAUCUUCAUCCAGAGAUCUCAAAUACGACCCAGAGAUCGAGAAAUCAGCGCGAGCACGACGAAAAGAGACAGAAGCUCUUAAACGUGCAAGUAAAUCAGGAAUUGAGUUAGGACAGGGGAUCCUAGAAUCCGACGUUGAAAAAUUGAGCGAAGCAAUUCGUGCGGAAGCAAUUCGACGUGGGAAACAAGUAAAAGAGGUUGAACCUGAGACCGAACCACUCUUUGAAACAAAAGGCAACCUCGGUGAACUAGAAAGGAUGGCCAACCGAACCAUUUGUCAACUAGCUGUUGCUCCCAACGAGCAAACACCAUUAUGCAUUAACUAUCCAAUCGGAGGAACUCCUUUCGAAUUGAAGUUGGGCUUGAUUCACCUUUUACCCACUUUUCGAGGCCUGAAGAACGAAAAUCCACACACUCACUUGAGAGAAUUCCACAUGGUUUGCUCAAGCAUGAAACCCCAGGGAGUACCCGAAGAUGAGAUCAAACUUCGAGCCUUUCCUUUUUCUUUAGUUGAUACAACAAAAGAAUGGUUCUUCCCAGCGUCACGAGCAGCCAAGCUUAGGAGGGACAUAGUGGGAAUUCGCCAAUUGGAGAGUGAAUCGCUCUACGACUACUGGGAACGGUACAAAAAACUAUGUGCAAGUUGUCCUCAUCAUGGGUUGACCGAACAAUCACUUCUUCAAUAUUUCUACGAGGGUUUGCUCCCUAUGGAAAUGAAGAUGAUCGACGCUGCUAGCGGAGGAACGCUUGUCAAUAUGACCCCUCAAAGGGCAAGAGAGCUAAUAUCCACCAUGGCAGAAAAUUCUCAACAAUAUCGGCCAAAUUCAGAACCGACAAGACGGGUUAAUGGGGUAAACGUUUCAACUUUAGAAGAUAAAUUGGAUAAGCUUACGAAUGUUGUUCAAUCUUUGCUUACAGAAAAGAAGAGUUUGACCCCACUAUGUGGAAUUUGUACUACGUCUAAACACCCGACAAAUUUGUGCCCAAUCCUUAACGACAAUUCAACGGCACAUGUUGACGCUAUCGGAGGUUUUUCAGGACCUCCGCAAAGACACUAUGAUCUUUUCUCCAACACCUACAAUCCCGGGUGGAAGGAUCAUCCCAACCUAAAUUACGAAGCUAAUCCCCAAUAUAAUCCACCAUACCAACCGAGACCUCUGCAACCACCACCACAACACAAGCCGAGUACAUCUCUAGAAGCUAUCGUGGAAAGACUUGCUGCCGAUGCUGCAAAACAUCAACAGAGGACAGACGCAUCAAUACAAGAGUUAACUAAUCAAGUUAGUAAACUCUCGAUCGCAGUUAAUCGCUUAGAGUCUCAAGGUAAACUACCUUCUCAAACAAAGCCGAACCCUCGGCAGAAUGUCAGUGCAAUAACUCUUCAUAGCGGAAAGGUUCUAGAAACAGUUCCAACCAAAAAUCAUGGGCAAGAAAAGGAACGGGAAAAGCAGAUCUCAGAUCCAACAGCAAGGCUAGAAUCGGAAGUUCAGAAACCAGUUGUGAUGCCACCUCCUUUUCCAGGGAGGCUUGCAAGGGAUAAGAAAGAGAAUGAGGAAAAAGAAAUCCUCGAGACAUUCAGGAAGGUGGAGGUAAAUAUCCCUUUACUCGACGCUAUCAAACAGAUCCCUCGUUAUGCAAAAUUCCUCAAAGAAUUGUGUACUAGCAAAAGGAGGUUAAUAGGUAACGAAAGAGUAAAUGUAGGAGAAAAUGUCUCCACAGUGCUGCAAAAGAAAGUUCCACCCAAAUACAAAGACCAAGGUAUGUUUGCUAUUCCUUGUGAGAUAGGCAAUAUAGGCAUUAAGAAAGCCAUGUGCUAUUUAGGGGCUUCCAUUAAUGUUAUGCCUUAUUCAAUUUAUAAACUGAUUAACGCGGGUCCUUUAAAAGAGACAGGAGUAAUAAUCCAGUUGGCGGACAGGACAGUCAUCUAUCCUGAAGGGCUGCUUGAAGACGUCCUUGUUAAAGUUAACAAACUAGUUUUCCCUGCAGAUUUUUACAUUAUCGACAUGGAGGAUGACAAUUUUGCUAAUUCGUCUGACAUAAUUCUUGGGAGACCAUUCUUGAGUACUGCACGAACGAAAAUUGAUGUUUGGAAUGGAACACUUACCAUGGAAUUUGACGGUGACGUGGUUAGGUUUAGUGUUUAUGAGGAUAUGGGACAUUCAAAUGAUAAGUUACAAAUUGUGCCUUGCAGGAAUAUGGAUCUCAAUUUUAAGCAAGAGGAGUUAUCGAUGAUCCAAAAACCAAUACAUGAAGAUGUGAUGAAAGCCUAG